GAAUCAGAAGAUGGCUGAAGCUCCCCUACGGCCCUGUCGUUUUUUUUGUCACCAAUGUUCAGCAGAGAUCGACCCUCGUCUCCCGGACUACACCUGUCCACAGUGUGAAUCUGGCUUCAUUGAAGAGCUAUCAGAGGAAAGAAGCACUGAAAAUGAGUCCACAUCCAUUGCCUCCACCAGCGAUCAGAACCGUCCGACUUUCGAGAUUAUGGACCACCAGCACAUGUUUACAUUUCCGCCCGGAUACGGACAGUUUUCUCUGGGGAUCUUUGAUGAGAAUUUUGACCUCCGAACGGGGAUGCCGACGGAAGACAACCGCGAGACGGAGAACCGGCGGGAACGGGAGAUGGCAUCACGGCAACGGUACAGUGCCCGGCAACCACGGGGACGACACAUCCCACGGCGACAGGGACAGAGACACGAGGGAGUACCCACUUUAGAGGGAAUCAUCCAGCAGCUAGUAAAUGGAAUCAUAGCACCCACAGCCAUGGCUCCAAACAUUGGAAUGGGACCAUGGGGCAUGCUACACUCAAAUCCAAUGGACUAUGCUUGGGGUGCCAAUGGCCAAUGACUCCGCCCACUCUGGAGGAAAAGACAAGUAGCCAUUUACGUCAACACAAAAUUACGUCAGGGGCGCGUUCAGCAGAACACAACAUUUAACAUUUACAUUUAAGUCAUUUAGCAGACGCUCUUAUCCAGAGCGACUUACAAAUUGGUGCAUUCACCUUAUCUUUUAAGGGGGGGGGGUGAGAAGGAUUACUUUAUCCUAUCCUAGGUAUUCCUUAAAGAGGUGGGGUUUCAGGUGUCUCCGGAAGGUGGUGAUUGACUCCGCUGUCCUGGCGUCGUGAGGGAGUUUGUUCCACAAUUGGGGGGCCAGAGCAGCGAACAGUUUUGACUGGGCUGAGCGGGAACUGUACUUCCUCAGUGGGAGGGAGGCGAGCAGGCCAGAGGUGGAUGAACGCAGUGCCCUUGUUUGGGUGUAGGGCCUGAUCAGAGCCUGGAGGUACUGAGGUGCCGUU